UAUAUAUUUUCCUAAAAAUGAAUUGUCAUAAAUGCAUCUUUGCUAUUGCUAAAUUCAAUCAUCUUAAAGACUAUUAUGCUGUACUCAAUAUUACUUAAACAAAUGAUUAAAAUACAAUCAAGAAAGCUUAUUAUGCUUUAGCAAAGAAAUUUCAUCCAGAUCUAAAUUAAGGAAGAGAAGAAAAGUUUAAAGAAGUCAAUGAAGCUUAUGAAGUUUUAAUUUUGAAUACUUCUAUAGAUUCUCUCUGAUGAAAAUGCGAAAAGAGAUUAUGAUAAUAUGAGAAAUUUUGGAUCAAAUUAAUAAAGCUCAUAACAUUCUGAGUAAUAUUAAGAUCCUCGUAGAAAUUAUGCUAAUCAAUAAUAAUAAACUUAUCGUACUAAUUCAAAUUAUAAGUAUAAUAAAAUAUUAAUAAAGUUAAAAAUGGAAUACUAGAACAGCAUAUGAAUAAGCUUUUAAAUAAGCUUCAUCAAAUUUCUACUAUUAACAAUAAUAAUAAUAAUAAUAUUAACAGAAGGGAUCCAGAAAUAAUUAUGAUGAAGAAAUGAGGAGAAGAGAAGAAGCCUUGAAUUAAUUUGCUUAAGAAGCUUUGUUAAGGAAACAACGUGAAUAUUAAGCUAGACAAUAAUAUUAUGAAUAAGAAAAGCGAAAAAGUUAAUUUUAUAAUGAAAGGGAAAGAGAGGCUUAUGAAGACUAUAUAAGAUAAAGAGAAUAUGAAUAAUAUUAAAGAGAAAAAUUUGUAAUUAAAUAAAUCUAAUUCUUAGGAAGAAUAUCAAAAUAAAGCCAAAAAUUUUGAAGAAAGUGUUGAAAAUAUAUAAAAAAAUUGGAAUUAAAUUAAAUCAAAUGUUACUUCCUUAUGGAAUUCUAUUAAAGGAAAAAAAGAUUGA